UAACUCGCGUUGGACACUUUAUAACAACAAUCUUUUUUUUUUCCUUUCUUCCAACACUACGAGAUAGCUGCAUGAAUGCACAAAGAUAAGGGAACAUUACAUGAGCUAGCUCUACAUCUUCAUGUACUUCAGCCAUCGGGUUAGGGUUUAGAUUAAGUUCUUAUUUAGACCAAGAAACAUGUCCAGCGGUUCUGGUGAUGUACAAGAAGAACUCAAGGAUCAUACAUAUGCCUACACUUCCUGUGUACAUUUUAUGGACAUUGACAUCGAUCCUAUGUAUGAGGAAGUAGUUGAAUAUUCGGAGCCAGAAUUUCAUUUCAAAUUAAAGCCAGUCAAAAGUAAAAAAAGAUUAAAAGCUUCAACAUCUAAGUCUGUAUGUCUGACUAGCACAAAACCAUCUUCAUUUCGUAAGCUAUCUUUGGAGAUGCAAAGAUUGGCAUGUCAAAAAAUUAUGGAGGAUCGAUGUCAUCCAGAAAAUCAUCGCUUAUCGAUUGAACUUCUUCAAGAUAACUUGCAGUUACAUGAAACACUGACAUUUCUGGAUUCCUGUUUGGUCCGUAAGAGAAAAUCUCUUCAAACUGCAGUCUACAAGUCAUGGCGCAAUUUUAAUCAUUUGUAUACUAUCAACUCUGUGCAUGUUCAUCCUUUUUUUCUGCUUCCUGGUUUGGCUUUCAUUUUUUGUUUAAACCUUUUUGAGAUUUUAAUAGAUUACAAUUUUUAUAAGUCCCAGCAGUGAGACAUUCCGUUGUCUUAACGUUAGACAACUCAGGUCUCAGGUAGUCCUAAAGAUUCUGUCUCUAAUUGACUGUUUGUAUGUUUACCUCUAGAUUCUUUAAUUGAUUGUUUGUAUGUUUACCACUAGAUUCGGUCUCUAAUUGAAAAUUCAUAUGUCCACCACUAGAUUCGGUCUCUAAUUGACAUUAUAUAUGUCUACCACUAGAUUCGGUCUCUAAUUGGAUAUCAAUUCUGAGCUGGUAAAAUUUGACUUUUGGUCUGGUCUAAAUGAAAUAUCCACAUAGAAUGAAAGAUGCAGAAUCCUAAGUUUAUCAAAGUAAAAUGCACAUUGUAUAUUUGGUACUUCAAAUUUAUUGAAUAGGCUCAGAAAAAUCUUAUGUAUAUACAUACCAUAAGUACUGUAAAUAAAAAAGUUCCCAGCUGUAGAUCUAGUCAAAUUAUUUGAUUAACCUUUGUUCGGUGGUGAAAUGUCUAGAACACUUGUAUUUUGAUUCACAUUGUUUAAUAAAAUUAUUUUUUCCCAUU